UGCACUCUUUCCUCCUGUUACCUGACUCAGUGGAACUUGCUUGCAAGGAGACUUCUAGCAUCCCAAACAUUUUUGUUCAGGCAACUAAGUAACGGUUCAUCAAUGGCAGGACGAGGCAAAACCUUAGGAUCCAGCGCUGCUAAGAAGGCCACCUCCAGGAGCAGUAAAGCUGGUCUCCAAUUUCCAGUCGGCCGUAUAGCCAGAUUCCUCAAGGCUGGAAAGUAUGCCGAGCGUGUUGGCGCCGGUGCUCCUGUCUAUCUCGCCGCUGUCCUUGAGUAUCUUGCUGCUGAGGUUCUUGAGUUGGCUGGAAAUGCCGCUAGAGAUAACAAGAAGACGAGGAUUGUCCCUCGCCACAUUCAAUUGGCGGUGAGGAAUGAUGAAGAGUUGAGCAAGCUUCUAGGUGACGUUACCAUUGCAAACGGUGGUGUUAUGCCUAACAUUCACAAUCUUCUGCUUCCCAAGAAAGCCGGAGCUUCAUCCAAAAGUAGCGCAGCUGACGAUGACUCUUAAAUCUGGCUUCGUUUUUA